AUUUCUGGGCGGCUUUUGUGCCCACAAAACAAAAUGCUGAAACUCUCCACCCUCUUUCUUUGCCUCUUCCAACAACUUCUGCGGCAUGACAUCUAGCUGCUCGCGCGGCACGCUGAUGGGCGGCAGCAUCUUCGUUGUGUUGCUCACACCCAUGGCAGUCGCGAGCAAGCUUGCCUCGCUAGUUGCGCGGAUCUUAUCGCUCGCCCGAGCACCGUAUGGUGUCACAAUGAUCUUGUAGUCAAUGUUUUCCAGUCCCGCUUCCUUGAAGAUAGGAAUCAACUUUUCGCGUAAGUCUACCCCUUGACCACCGCUGACGGUGGCAAAGAGCUCUUUGCAAGCCUUCUGGAAGAUUUUUCCCUGGGGUCCCGUAUUCCAAUCGCUCCACUCCAUCUCGACGAGCUGGAUCCAGCCGCCGGGCUUCACGAGUGCAAUGAGGUUUUCGACGGCGCUUUUAAGUGGGGUUACGCCAACACCUGGAAGAGCCAUCCUCGAGUGCACCAAGUCAAAACUCCCUUCCCACUCUGGUGGCCAAGCCUCUGUCAUCGACUGGUGUUGAUACUUGGUGUCGGUGGGCGGAGUGGCGGGAAACCACUGAUCCUCGAUAUCAGUGCCCACCCACUCGUUGUUCGCACUAGCUUGGGCGCGGGCAUCGCGGAUCCAUAUACCUGCGAAUAUCAAUUGCCUGAUCCAAGAUCUUGUAUCCACCUUUCGACAGAUCCAAGGGGACAUAGACCAACUGAGGGUUGGCGUCGUGAAUGCAUUGAUGUUGCAUGUCAAGACGCUCUACUUCUGUUUGUUCU